CAGAAAAUUCAAAUAAUUCAACGAAAAUAGUAAGUAAUUAUGUUAAAUACGCGUCAUCUUUGGAUGUUUCAACUGGAACGCAACAAAAUAACAGUAACUUGAGUGACGGGGAUAUUUCAGCGAAUCCAAGGUUGAUAAAGCUGGUCGAGUUCCCUGAAAGAAAACCCGAACUUUCCGAGAAACCUAUAACCCUUCUAAAUAAUUUAAGUCUAUACAAAAAUGAUCCGUGGAAGGCUUGGGAAUCGUACAGAACCAUUGUGGAACACAAUCUUAUUAAACUCGUAACCAGCGAACACAUAAAACAAUUUCUUAAGCUUCUGUGCAAUAAUCCGAACGAUAUGACCUUUGAAUGGCUUAGCCAAAUCAUGAAAGAUAUACUUUCGAAUCGUCAACGGAGAAUGAUGGACCCGGCUCUUUAUGCGAGCGUACUCCAAUCAUUGGCUGGACUAGGAGAUGUUAGAAUUGUGGCUGAUGUGAUAAGACAAAUGACACUAUUGGGGUACUAUGUUGAGCAAUCACGUGUGAAAGACAUCGUGUCCCAAUGCGCUGAUUUUGAUUCGGCGUACAGAAUAGUUGACGCUAUUGUUGCAAGCCAUCCACAGGCUGAUUGCGAGUGGUACCAUAUUCUAAUAUGCUUGCAAUGCGAUAGGGGAGACACCGAAGCGGCCAUAAGUAUACUCAGGUUAUACAAUCUGUCAGGACGGAGGCCAAUGAUAAAAUUUUAUAGUGUCAUUGUUCAUGAGCUUUGCAGAAAGGACGACAUGAAGAUGGCCGAGGAACUCGUGGAGGAAAUGGUCAGCUAUUUUGGUCCGCUCAAUGAGGUGAUGUAUAAUUCACUGAUCAGCGGAUACAGUAGAAGGAAUGAUAUGAGUAUGGUGACAAAAACAUAUGGUAAGAUGUUGGAAUCUGGUCUUCAACCGAAGAGAAGUGUAUACACUACUCUUAUAUUUGCAAACCUUCGUCAAAGGGACAUAUACGAAGCAUCGAAAUUAUACAAGAACCUUGUAAAUCAAGACUUGAAACACCAUCGACAUUUGUUCAUCGCCUUAAUUUAUCUACGAGGAAUUCUUGGUGAUUCAGAAGGGGCAAGGGAGACAUUUGAAAAAAUGAAGGCUGCCGGAAUUGUUCCCGACAUAAUGUCUUACAACCAACUGAUAUUCGCGCAUGAUCGUGAUGAAAAAGUUGAUGCAUCCAAGAUCGAGUCUUUGUAUUUGGAAAUAUUAACCGAGAAUUUAGAACCAAACCGAUACACAUUUGAAUUAUUGAUCGAUGCGUUAUCCAGGAGGGGGGAGUAUUCAAAGAUUCCGGGAGUUUUCCGUGAGAUAUCGGAUAGAAAUGUUCCCGUAACGAGUGCCGCUUUCAAUUCGCCGAUUCGUCGCCUUAGUCUGACAGGGAAUACAGAAAUCGCAUGGAGGUUUUUCGAUCGAAUGAUAUCUGCUGGAAUUAAACCGAAUCUGUAUACAUAUUCUUCGAUUAUAUCGCUCGCUAUUGCGGAUUCUAACUUCGAGUUUGCUAUCAAAGCCUUCAAGGAUCUUCUGUCACGUAAGCUGACACCCAAUGUUUACGUUUAUUCCGCAAUAAUAACCUCGUUGGUGAAAUCGAGAAAGUUGGUUCACGCAAUCGCCAUGCUCGACUACAUGAAUAGUCAGGGGGUUAGUCCCAAUGUGGUUACGUUCACUGCGUUGAUUCAAGGUUUUAAAUUUGCGAGAAAUUACGAAAAAGGAAAGAGGGUGUACGAGAUCAUGAAGCAAUCCAAUGUGUCCCCUGAUAGGAUGACCUACUAUCAUCUGGAAAAGUUGUAUAAGAUCACUGGGCACGCAAGGGAGAUAUCGAGUCUGCACGAAGAUAUGAAAAAUUAUGGUAUUGAUCCAAAUUCUCACGAGCGCAUUUUGACCAAAGGGAAGGGCUCUUUCUAUUGGAGGUCAAGAUUCCUGAUCAAUCGAAGGAUUGAACGGCAAAAGGCAGCAGUCGAUCCGGAAGAACAGUAUGCGAUCAAGAAACGGCAGCGUUCACUGUGGAAACGGAGAAAUAAAUUUAGGGAAAAGGCGUUGCAGAGAUUGUACACAAAGCUUAGAAAAAGCGACGAUCUGGCACCGUAUCCUGAAUGGAAAAGGAAAUAUGUUGGGGAAAAUUUUUCAGAGUUGCAACGUUACAGAAGACUGGGAAGAUUUCCAUUUUGA